UGCUUGUGUCCUGUGUAAACGCAGCUCUUUGUUCCCGUUGCAGUAUGCAGUUGCAUCAUGCAUGUUGCAUUUGAAAGUUGCAUGUCUAGUUCUCGAUCUCGUUUUCUUUUCGGUGAUCAGAGUGUGUUGUGUACAUUUCGCGUUUGCUUUUUUUUCAGGUCUUAAGGUUUUGUUUUUAAUAUUCAACAUAUUUAAGGGUACAUAAACAAUAAUAAGAUUAAAUGUUGAGCUGUGCAUGAUCUUAAAAAAAAAAAACAACGAAUGUCGCCAUUAAAGAUCAGACCGAUCUGAACAAUAGAAAUAAGUUCGAGGAAUGGAAAUCAAUAAUCCAAAACAGCAUGAAUUAUUACCAAUACAAAAUGGAGAUAAUCAACCAAGGAAAGUGUUUAUGUGGCCAAUACAUAAGAGCAAGAUUACGACGAGCGGGCGUCCUGAACAGGAAAGCAACACAACGAUUGCGAUCUAUACUUGAACCAUCAUCAACAGUGGUCUAUGAAGUGUUUCCAGCAUUAAAUUGUGUAAAUAUAAACGCAUUUUCAAUGUCCAUCCAUGAGCUUAAUGGACCCAUCCAAAGAGAAAGAUUGGCACUAAUACAAAAACAAAGUCGUAGAAAGUUCAGCUUUCCUGCAACAUUACAUUCAGCAUCUUUGCUAGAAAUAAGCCCUACAAGCACUCGAAGACGUUUGAGUAACGUAAGCGAUGUCGUUACCCGUAAACUUUCAUAUACGAUAGGAUGGAAAGCUGCCCAAAUCUCAUCUCAAGAAAUUAUAACACAGGGCAAAUGUCUCUGUGGUCAAUACAUUAAGCGACGCCUAAGACGUUCUGGAUUAUUCAAUAAAAAACUUGGUUUACAAAGGAUAAGAAGUAUAUUGGGCACAUCUUCAAUAUCGGUUGUUCGCGAAGUGUUCCCUGCUCUAAUGAUACUGGGAGAUAAUAUAGAAAGAAUGCACCCCCGCGUUUACACAGGAAUUGCAAGGCAAAUUUGUCGUUCACCUAGUGGCGAUUUCUCCUCAUCAGAAACAGUAGGUAUACUAUUAACUGCUGUAGCACGUGAACUUUUCCGAAUAGAAAUUACUUGGGGUAAAAUAAUAUCGUUGUUUGCUGUUGCUGGAGGUCUUGCUGUAGAUUGCGUCCGACAGGGACAUCUAGAUUAUUUACCAAAACUUGUAGAUGCUGUUUCAGAUGUAAUCGAAGAUGAUUUGGUGUCUUGGAUUAAUGAAAAUGGUGGAUGGAGUGGUCUUAACUUACAUGUGCAUUCAACAAGCUCCGAGUUUUACCUUCUAGAACGUACUACUUACCUGGUAGGCUGCGUCUUUUCAUUAUUUGUUGUAAUCAUAAUUAUUCGUUUUUUUGGAUGUUAUCUACUCCCAAUGAAAUAUUCUGGAACAGGACGAUGAAUAUAAUUCUUGUCAGGAUUUUUUUUAAUAAAGAACCUGUACAGAUUCUAAAAAUAUAAUUUUGAUUAAUAAAUAUGUUUGUAAACUAAUUUUUAAAAGUAUA